CAAAGCAUUGUCCUUCUUUGCCCAAGGCUUCACCCUCUAUCCACUUCCACCCCAAGCCCGAAGGAGUCUUACCUUCACCAAUUCAUCACAAUGGCUCCCACUAUUCCCAAGACCAUGAAGGCGCUCAGAUACGAGAAGCCUGAGGACUGGAGCAUCGUCGAGGUGCCCGUCCCCAAGCUCCGUGCCGGUGAUGUCCUUAUCAAGGUCAAGUCCUGCGGAGUGUGCGGUACCGAUCUGCACAUCCACGAGGGCGAGUUCAUCGCCAAGUUCCCUCUGAUUCCCGGCCACGAGACCACCGGUGUUGUCGUUGAUAUGGCCCCCGACGUCAAGGGUUUCCAGAUUGGCGACCGAGUUUGUGCUGACAACUCGGAGCUCUGCGGCCACUGCUUCUACUGCCGCAGAGGCGAGGCCCUGCUUUGCGAGGACUUCUCUGCUCACGGUGUGCUGAACCUGGACGGUGGUUUCGCCGAAUACUGCAACUAUCCCCAGGGCAAGCUCUUCAAAAUCAACAACCUCAACCACAUUGAUGCCACCCUGAUUGAGCCUGCCUCGUGUGCCAUGCACGGUCUCGAGAAGAUUGCUCCCAAGGCUGGUUCGCACGCUCUGCUCAUCGGUGCCGGUCCUACCGGUCUCAUGAUGGCCCAGUUCCUCAAGCUUGCCGGUGUCUCUCAACUGACCAUUGCUGCUCCUGGCGGCCCCAAGAUGGACCUGGCUAAGAAGCUCGAGGCCGCCGACACCUACGUCGCUCUUUCGCGCGAGAACCCGCAACCCCAGUGGGAUCAGAUCAAGAAGGACAACCCCUACGGUUUUGAUAUUGUCGUUGAGGCUUCCGGCAGCGCCAAGGUCCUCGAGGACGCCAUCAACUAUGUCCGUCGUGGUGGCAAGCUCGUCUGCUAUGGUGUCUACCCCGGCUCUGCUCGUGUCACCUGGCCUCCGUCGAAGAUCUUCGGUGAUGAAAUCACCAUCAUCGGUUCUUUCUCCGAGACUUUCAUGUUCCCCGCCACCGUCGACUACCUCGAUAGCGGCAAGGUCAAGACCGAGGGCAUUGUCAACAAGGUGUUCAAGCUGGAGCAGUGGGGCGAGGCUCUCGAGAGCAUCCGCAACAAGUCUGCCAUCAAGGCUGCCAUUGUCUUCGACGACUAAGCGAUCCCCCUCUUA